GAGAGAGAGUAGAGAGAGAGACAGAGAGAUGUCAUGUGCAGUUGUGUCCCAACUGUAAAGCCGGAGGUAUCUGGAGGUAUCUGAGCUCUCCCUCAUCAUUUUUGCUUUCUUCCCUGGGAUGGGACGCGUGCAACUCUAAUUUAUGUCAGUAUUCUCUGAUCGAGCGAAGAUGGUGUCUUCGCUCCAGAUUAUGUGGAUGUUCAAGGAUGGGGUGAUUCUGUUCUGUACACCGUUCCUGCUCCUCCCGCUGCCUCUACUGAUCGGAACCACGGAGGCAAGAUGUGCCUAUGUGAUAGCUCUGAUGGCAGUGUACUGGUGUACUGAGGUAUUGCCACUAGCGGUGACUGCUCUCCUGCCCGCUGUCCUUUUCCCUCUGUUUGGCAUCAUGGAGUCCAAGCAGGUGUGUAUGCAGUACCUGAAGGACACCAACAUGCUGUUUGUAGGCGGUCUGAUGGUGGCUGUUGCCGUGGAGACAUGGAACCUUCACAAGCGCAUCGCCCUCAGGGUUCUACUUGUUGUGGGGGUGCGGCCUGCCCUUCUGAUGCUAGGGUUCAUGGGUGUGACAGCAUUCCUGUCCAUGUGGAUCAGUAACACAGCCACCACAGCUAUGAUGGUCCCCAUUGUCCAGGCUGUCCUGGAGCAGCUCAACAGCCCACAGAAUGGGGAGAAGCCCUUGCCCAUCCCCCAGAGCCAGGAGAAUGGUAUGAUUCCUGAGGAAAGACUGGAGAACAGUUCAAACCCACAGGACAGACUUAUCAUCCAGGACAAUCACAUUCCACUGGAGAAACCAGCCACAGAGGAUAAACUGGACUCCCCAGACAAACCAGUUCACCAGGACAACUCUCUGGCUGAUGGGAAGCCAGGUGAGGGGCACUGGGCUGGAGGCAAAGGUCAGAGCAGGGGGCUAGUGGUAGUGUCCAUGGUCUUGAAAGAGGGGACUGAAGCAGAGGAGCAGGUUGGGGAGGAAGAGGAGGAGAAGGAGAGGAUGAAAAUGUGUAAAGGCUUGACGUUGUGUGUGUGUUACGCUGCCAGCAUCGGAGGCACUGCCACUCUCACUGGUACCGGACCCAACCUCGUCCUCACAGGGCAGAUGAGCCAACUCUUCCCUCAGAACGGUGACGUGGUUAACUUUGCCUCGUGGUUCGCCUUUGCCUUCCCCACAAUGCUGCUAAUGCUGACGCUGGCCUGGCUCUGGCUCCAGCUCGUCUUCAUCGGCUUUGAUCUGAAGCGUACGUGGGGCUGUGGUGCUGUGCAGUCAGAGAAAGAACAUGCAGCGUAUGAUUUGAUCCGUGAGGAGCAUCGUCGUCUGGGGCCAGUGUCCUAUGGAGAGUUGAGUGUCCUGGGGCUCUUCAUUCUGCUGGUGGUGUUGUGGUUCACACGAAGCCCAGGCUUCAUCAACGGAUGGGCAACCCACAUCUUCAACACAAAGGCAGAGUUUGUGACUGAUGCCACAGUGGCAGUGUUUGUUGCCGUGCUGUUGUUCGUCUUGCCCUCUGAGCCCCCCCGCUACCUCUGCUUCUGGAGAACACAGAGCUUUGACACAGAGCCCCCCCGCGGCCCCACCCCUGCCCUGCUGACCUGGCAGGUGACCCAGAGGAAGAUGCCCUGGAGCAUUGUACUGCUGCUAGGAGGAGGCUUCGCUCUGGCUAAGGGUAGCGAGGUGUCUGGUCUGUCGCGGUGGCUGGGUGAUCAGAUGAUACCUCUCUGCUCCAUCCCUCCCUGGGCCAUCGCAGUCAUCCUCUGUCUCCUCACUGCCAUCUUCACUGAGUGUGCCAGCAACGUGGCUACCGCUACACUCUUCCUGCCCAUCCUAGCUUCCAUGUCCCAAUCCAUAGGAGUGAACCCACUGUAUGUGAUGGUACCCUGUACCCUUAGUGCCUCCUUUGCCUUCAUGCUCCCUGUCGCCACGCCUCCUAACGCCAUCGUGUUCUCUUAUGGAUACCUGAAGGUGUCGGAUAUGGCUAAGACAGGUAUAGUGAUGAACAUCAUUGGGAUCCUGUGUAUCACUCUGGCCAUUAACAGCUGGGGUAGAGCCAUUUUUAACCUGGACACCUUCCCCUCCUGGGCCAACACCACCGCUAACAUCACUACAGGAGGAUGAGGGGGG